AUGCCUCCACCAGGCGUGCAGCCUAGGAAGCCAAACGCGCCAUCGGCGGCGACCAAGGAGGCAAACGAGUACAUCCCAUCUUUCAUCUCCAAAAAGCCCUUCUACAUCGGCGAAGAUGAUGACCAAAACGAUUACCUCGAGCAUCAGCGUCUUCAAAAGGCACAACUCGAUCAGUCCAAAUGGUACGACCGGGGGAAGAAACUCGGUCCUGCGGCGACCAAGUUCCGCAAGGGCGCAUGCGAAAAUUGCGGUGCCAUGACGCAUAAGACAAAGGAAUGCUUAAGUCGACCUAGAGCGAAGGGGGCGAGAUGGACCGGGAAAGACAUUCAGGCAGAUGAAGUUGUUCAAGAUGUUGAUCUGGGUUGGGAUGCAAAAAGAGACCGGUGGAAUGGCUACGAUCCAAAAGAGUACAGCUCCGUCGUCGAUGAAUAUACCCAACUGGAAGAACUUAAGAAGAAAGCCGCGCUGAGCACCGGACCGAAGGAUGAGGAUGAUGAUGCAGGCGAGGAUGGUGCGAAGUAUGCGGAAGAAUCAGAUAUGGGGAGGCACCAGAGCACAGCUACCAGACAAUUGCGACUCCGAGAAGAUACUGCGAACUAUCUCCUGAACUUGGAUCUUGACUCGGCGAAAUAUGAUCCCAAGACAAGAACUAUGGUGGAUAGCGGCGCAACUGCGGAUACGGCAGCUGCUCUGGUCGCUGAACAAGGCUUUAUGAGAGCAUCAGGAGAUGCAGCUGAAUUUGAGAAAGCUCAACAGUAUGCGUGGGAGUCUCAAGAAAAGGCUGGUGAUUCAAAGCAGCAUCUACAAGCAAAUCCUACGGCAGGAGAAUACUAUCGACGGAAAGAGAAAGAGGAGGCGGAGGCCAAGAAAGAGGCACACAGGAUUAUGCUGCUUGAAAAGUAUGGUGGCGAGGUCAAUCCAUUAGCCGCAAAGCUUCGCGAGACCGCUGUCAACGAGUCGGAGAAGUUUAUCGAGUAUGAUGAGACCGGUGCAAUAAAAGGCGCGCCCAAAGUCAAGGCGAAGUCGAAGUAUCCGGAAGAUGUGCUCAUCAACAAUCAUACAUCUACGUGGGGCAGUUGGUGGUCAAACUUUUCGUGGGGUUACGGUUGUUGCCAUUCCCAAGUCAAGAAUAGUUAUUGUACGGGCGAAGCAGGAAGGCAGGCCUUUGAGGAAGCAGAUCGCCUUCGAACGGGGGGCGAGCUGAUCGGGGAAGAACCCGCCAAAGAAAUUGAAUGGCCUCGGAAUGAGGUGGCUGAGAAACCAAAGGACGAAGCUGUCGUGUCAGAAGUUGCGAAGAAGCGUACCAUGGAGGAGAUGAAGGGAGGCGUAUCCGAAGAGGACAUGGAGCAAUACAAAAAGCAAAGGAUGGCGGCGAACGAUCCUAUGGCAGCAUUUUUAGGCAAGGAUGAGUUGUUAUAG